AUGCAGGCAACUUCUGCUCAAUUUGUAGCUAACUCCUCUCUGUGAGUGAACAAAUAAUUUUGUUCGCUCAUAGAGAGAGAUUAAUUUUUUUUUAAAUUUUAAAUAUAUAGCGGAACGGACUAUAUAAAUUUUUUUUUAAAAAUUUUAAAAAACCUAAUUCGUAAAAAUUGGAAAGCAAGUAUUAGUUUAAUUUGUAAAAUUUAUUUUUUAAAAUGUAAGCUGUUUAAAAUUAAACAGAUUUAGUUAGAGAUUUAAUUAUAUAAAUUAUUUCUUAUAUAUCAUAUUUUUUAUUUAAAAAAAAUUUUGUUCGCUCACGGAGGAGGAUUUUCAGGCAAAAUAGGGAUUAUUCCAAUAAUGUUGUUCGCUCACGGAGCGGAGGAAUAAAAGAAAGCCUGCGCUCGUAAAAUUGGACCGUCGUACCAUAGCGCCGAUUUUAUCAUUAGAUUUUGGAGUUCAGCUAUUAUCCAAAGAGUCAGAAUUAGAAAAUUCGCCAUCUAUCGAAGUUGUCCAUGAACUUGUCAGUCUUUAUUCUCAAGCUAUAGAAUACUAUGAGCACAAAAACGACCCAAAAUUUUACGAUUUCGAAGAUAAACUCCACAAAAUGCUUGUAAAGUCCGAAGUCAUCGACCUCAUGCAGCCAAGCACAUCUUCAACCAAAAAUAGGAGAAAUUCCCCCUCCAAACAAAAACCAAAAAAUCUCCAAAAAAAUCGGGCGAAACUCAGAUCUACAAUGGUUGAAACUUUAUCAAGUGAAUUUGCCAGCUCACUGCUAAGUAUAUCAGAAAAAGGCUCCAAAAAUUUAAAUCGGAUUAUUGUGACAUUUAACGAAAGAUCCAAAGAGGUUUCUGAGAAAGCCAAAAUCGAUUUUUCAAUGCAAGACACUGACCUUCAAAAGCGCCUUGCUUCUCGCAAGAAGCUGAUGUUACAUAGAAGUCAACUUACAGCUUCCCUUAACUCUUCAACUUUAAGCCGAGUUUCAACUAGUGACACUAGUGGAAUAUUUUCUUCGCUUAAAGGAGAAGAGUCUACGAGGUCAAGUUUUGCUAAUGCUUUUGAUGGAGACUUUGAAUACUCCAUCAAAGCUGAAGAGUUUGAAAAAGGCCUAGAACAAAUUAUGGAAAAACUGUGUAGUGAGCAAGCAAUGAAAAUGACAGAAAUUAAAAUAAAUUACAAAAUACAGAUCAAGACUCUUGAAGAGGCUGGAUCUAUUAGAAAAGCUAGGAGAACAGAAAUAAAAGAAAAAGCUAACCAAGAAAUCAAAAAUAUCAUCAAAGAAUUCGAGCUGAAGCGAAAACAAGAAAUUCAAUCACUUAAAGAAAAGAUGUCUAAAUAA